AUGGAUGAAUUAAUGAAAAAAUGCAACCAGAAAUCUUUGGCAUACACCGUGUGUGUCUUUUCUUUGAUUUUGAUACCAACAUUAUCGGUUAUUUGCGUCACAAUGCCUGAAAAAGUACUAUUUGAAGUGUAUUAUUUUGGGUCAACAACCAAAAUCCAAAGAACAACCCUUUAUGUCACAACAGCAAGCUUCCUUGUUAUGUUUUUCACAAGUUUGUUACUUUUUUUUGGUAUAAAAGAAGGUAAAAGUUGCUACAUUCUUGUCUGGAUUUUGGUCAUGAUUGUAUCCUGGACCACACAUUUGAUUAUUUCACUUAUUUCAGUCUCAAAUUUUGUCAUAGAGGGGUUGGAGGACGAAUUUUGGCGAAACUAUGCCUUCUUUUUUGUAUUUAUUGGACAAGUGUUGUGGCUUGCAAACAUCGUUUUCAUGUGGUCUUAUUGGAAAAAAAUGAAGACGAGUAAUGACGUCGCAAAUUUGGCGCAAUAUUUGGUAGAACGGGGGAAAAUUCUCCUCGAGAGGAGAAGAACGCCCCCAAAUGUGGAGGAACUGGCGCAAACCCAAAAUAGUUUCGCUACCGAAGUGGAGGUGGCGCCACAAGAACAGAUUUCUGAUAGUUGA